CUUCAUCAUCUCUCCAUAAACCGCUUUUUCCCCUCUCUCUCUCACACACUAACACCAAAAACACACACACACCAACUUCCCCUUUUUCAAACGAAAACCACCUUCUAGGGUUUCCUUUUAUCCCCUUUUCACCUUCAAAUCCCCCAAAAUACUUCAAUUGCACGACAAAUUCGACAUCAGUUUCAUCGUUUCUCACCAUUUUCCAAUGCAAUUGCUGUAAUGACUCAUCUGUUUCAACGAUUAGACUGUAAUGGCGGAGCAUCUGUAUCGUAUAACCGUACUGAUUUCGUUUAUUAUCGCUUUUGUUGUUGUUGUAACCCUACCUGCAUCGAUCGUUGCGAUAUCAGAUUGGGAUGACGUCAGUGGUUUUGAAUCUUAUGAUAGUGAUUUGUUGUUCCGGCAGGACUACUCGCCGCCGGCUCCGCCACCACCGCCGCCGCAUCCUCCGUCGGCUUCUUGUCAGGAUGAUUUAGGUGGAGUAGGUUCGUUGGAUACUACUUGUAAGGUUGUUUCUAGUUUGAAUUUAACUCGGAAUGUGUAUGUGGCUGGGAAGGGGAAUUUUUAUAUACUUCCUAAUGUGACUGUGAAUUGUUCGUUUGUUGUCGGUUGUGAAUUCGGGGUGAAUGUUAGUGGUAACUUUAGUUUAGGCGAGAAUGCGCAGAUAGUGGUUGGAUCGUUUGAGUUAGUGGCGAUGAAUGCGGUUUUUGCGGAGGGGUCGGUUGUGAAUACCACUGGUUUAGCGGGCGAUCCGCCGGAGCAGACUAGUGGGACGCCUCAGGGGGUUGAUGGAUCGGGUGGAGGGUAUGGUGGGAGAGGGGCUGCGUGUGUGGUGGAUGAUAAGCAGGAUCCGGAUGAUGUUUGGGGUGGCGAUGCGUAUGCGUGGUCAAGCUUUUUGAGGCCGUUGAAUUAUGGGAGUAGAGGUGGGACUACGAGUAAGGAGGUGGAUUAUGGAGGAGGUGGCGGUGGGAAGAUUAUGGUGGUUGUUAAUGCUACUGUUGAGAUGAAUGGUCGGUUAUUGGCGGUAGGUGGAGAUGGGAGUCCGAGGGGAGGGGGUGGUUCGGGUGGCAGCAUCUACAUAAAUGCUUAUAAGAUGACUGGAAGUGGCAUAAUAAGUGCUUGUGGAGGUAAUGGCUUUGGUGGUGGAGGCGGAGGAAGAAUUGCUACUGAUGUGUUUAGCCGACAUGAAGACCCUAAAAUCUUUGUUCAUGGUGGUAAUAGUCUUGGCUGUCCAUCAAAUGCGGGUGCUGCAGGAACUUUUUAUGAUGCUGUGCCCCGAAGCCUUAUAGUUGACAAUUUAAACAUGUCAACUGAUACAGACACACUUUUUAUGGAGUUCCCAUACCAGCCUCUUUUGACAAGUAUUUUCAUUCGAAAUUGUGCUAAGGCUGCAGUUCCCUUACUUUGGAGUCGUGUUCAGGUACAAGGCCAAAUUAGUCUUCUGGAUGGAGCUAUCUUGAGCUUUGGGUUGGCUCAUUAUUCUUUAUCAGAAUUUGAAGUACUUGCAGAAGAGCUGUUGAUGAGUAAUUCAAUCAUAAAGGUCUAUGGUGCUCUGCGUAUGUCUGUAAAAAUGUUUUUGAUGUGGAAUUCACAGUUAGUUAUUGACGGUGAAGGGGAUAGGAAUGUAGGGACCUCAGUUCUUGAGGCUAGCAAUCUGAUUGUUCUCAAGGAAUCUUCUACAAUACAUUCUAACGCAAAUCUUGAAGUUCGUGGCCAAGGUUCAUUAAAUUUGUCAGGGCCAGGCGACUGUAUUGAAGCACAACGAUUGGCUCUAUCACUGUUUUAUAGUGUCAAUGUUGGUCCAGGUUCUAUUUUGCGUGGCCCCUUAGAAAAUGCUACAACUAACGCUGUGACACCGAAAUUGAAUUGUGAUCUUCCACAAUGUCCCGAAGAGUUACUUCAUCCACCUGAUGACUGUAAUAUGAACGCUUCUUUGGCCUUCACUCUUCAAAUAUGUCGUGUUGAAGAUAUCCUGAUUGAAGGCCUUGUAAAAGGGUCUGUUGUUCAUUUCCAUAGGUCAAGGACUGUUACUGUUCCCUCCACGGGUACCGUCAGUACAUCCGAGAUGGGUUGUACAGGCGGUGUUGGUAGGGGCCAGUUAUUAAGCAAUGGGAUUGGUAGUGGCGGAGGGUACGGUGGUACAGGUGGAUACGGUUGUUAUGGUGGGACAUGCAUUGAAGGUGGUCUUCCGUAUGGUGAUGCUGAUUUGCCAUGUCAGCUAGGUAGUGGAGGUGGAAAUGAUAGCAUUGCUGACUCAACCGCUGGUGGUGGUGUUUUAGUAAUUGGUUCACUGGAGCAUUCGAUAUCGAGUGUGAGUGUUGAUGGAUUGCUUACUGCUGAUGGAGGAAGUUCUGGAGGCAAGACUGCCAACAAUCCGUAUAAUUUGUUGGGUGGUGGAUCUGGCGGCACGAUUCUUUUGUUUGUGAAUUCGCUGUCUGUUGGUGAAUCCGGAGUUCUUUCAAGUGGCGGCGGUUAUGGUAAUCCAAAUGGGAGUGGCGGCGGAGGCGGUGGAAGAAUCCAUUUUCAUUGGUCACAUAUUACAACUGGGGAGGUGUAUCAACCAGUUGCUAGUGUCAAAGGGAACAUAUCAAUUGGGGGAGGGCUCGGUGGAAAUGAUGACGGUGCUGGGGAAAAUGGAACCGUCACUGGCAAGUCUUGCCCUAAAGGGCUUUACGGGAUAUUUUGUGAGGAAUGCCCUCUUGGUACCUACAAAAAUGUGACGGGAUCUGACCAGUCUCUGUGUUUCCAAUGUCCAUCCAACGAGCUUCCUCAUCGUGCUCUUUAUGUCUCUGUUCGAGGGGGGGUAGCCGAGACACCCUGUCCUUAUAAAUGUGUUACAGACAGAUAUCACUUGCCAAAUUGUUAUACGGCUCUUGAAGAGUUGAUUUACACAUUUGGUGGGCCUUGGUUGUUCGGUCUACUUCUAUUGGGCCUUCUCAUCCUAUUUGCCCUUGUGCUUAGUGUCGCGAGAAUGAAAUUUGUAGGGUUUGAUGAGUCACCCGGCCCCGUUCCUACUCAACAAGGAUCUCACUUGGAUCAUUCUUUCCCUUUCUUAGAAUCAUUGAAUGAGGUUCUGGAAACUAACAGAGUCGAGGAGUCACAAGGUCAUGUUUAUCGAAUGCACUUUAUGGGUUUAAACACUUUCAGCGAUCCUUGGCAUCUUCCUCAUACACCUCCUGAGCAAGUGAAAGAUAUUGUAUAUGAAGGGGCAUUUAAUAGAUUUGUUGAUGAGAUUAACGCGUUAGCCACUUAUCAAUGGUGGGAGGGAUCGAUUUACAGCAUUCUUGUUUUUCUUGCUUAUCCUCUUGCAUGGUCAUGGCAACAGUGGAGAAGAAAGAUAAAUUUACAAAGAAUACGUGAAUAUGUUAGAUCUGAAUACGACCAUGCCUGCUUACGUUCUUGUCGGUCACGUGCCCUCUAUAAAGGACUUAAGGUAGCUGCAACAUCUGAUUUAAUGCUCGCCUAUGUGGACUUUUUUCUUGGUGGUGAUGAACAGAGAAGUGAUCUCCCUCCUCAGCUUCAUCGUAGAUUCCCAUUGUCGUUAUUGUUUGGUGGUGAUGGAAGUUACAUGUCACCUUUCUCACUUCAAAGUGAUAAUACCAUUACUAAUAUAAUGAAUCAGGCUAUGCCUCCUACAAUAUGGUAUCGGUUUGUGGCUGGUUUGAACGCACAGUUGCGGUUGGUUAGACGCGGUCGACUCAGAGCUAUGUUCCGGAGUGUUGUGAAAUGGCUAGAAACGUAUGCCAAUCCUACUUUAACGAUUUACGGUGUACGUGUAGAUCUUGCUUUUUUUGAGGCUACAAAUCGUGAAUAUUAUCAAUAUGGACUACUUGUAUCUUCUGUUGAAGAACCUGAGUUUAUUUCCUUUGAGAAUACUGAUACAACCACUAAAGAGAACCAACAUGCAAGUAAUGAUGACGGUCCAACGAAUGAAGCAACAGAGUAUACAAGCUUAAUUCAACCCAGAAACUCUGAAAAGAAUACAAUACAAAAGGGGAGUUAUGGUAGGAUUUUAGAUCUUAACAGUUUGCAAGUCUUCAACGAAAAGAGAGAUAUAUUCUUUCCCCUCUCUUUCAUUAUCCACAACACAAAACCAGUUGGUCAUCAGGAUCUUGUUGGGUUGGUGAUCUCGAUGCUGCUACUAGGAGAUUUUAUUUUAGUUUUACUUACCUUACUCCAGUUAUACUCGAUUUCAUUUGUGGACGUGUUUCUUGUUGUCUUCAUAUUGCCACUUGGGAUAUUGCUUUCGUUUCCAGCUGGGAUUAACGCUCUGUUUAGUCAAGGACCGAGACGUUCUGCAGGUCUAGCUCGUAUGUAUGCUCUCUGGAACAUGACAUCCUUUGUUAAUGUGGUGGUUGCCUUUAUGUGCGGUUAUGUUCACUACUACAGUCAACACAGUACUAAAUUCCCAGACUUUCAGCCAUGGAACAUGGAGGAAAGUGAGUGGUGGAUUUUUCCGGUUGCGCUUGUUUUGUGUAAAUGCAUCCAGUCGUGCCUUGUGAAUUGGCAUGUUGCUAAUUUGGAGAUUCAAGAUCGAUCGUUGUAUAGUAAUGAUGUUGUGGCAUUUUGGCGAUCCUGAGAUGAUAUCUUUUUGUUCGUUUUGACAGUGUGGAUAUUUCGGGAUUUUUAAUAUAGCUGACACAGAUAUAGAGAGAGAGGUGUUUUAGCAGGUAGAAAGUGUGUGAAACUUGAAUCAAUGCUGUUAAAUGUAGGUUGAUGUUUGUGAAUAUAUAAACUGGGAGCAACUCCCACACACUUUACAAAGGAAAAGAAAAAAAGAAAGAAAAUACGAUGUAUCAUUCUUUUCUUGUUCCU